UCCUGUAUCUUUAGCAGUUGUAUAGAAAAGGGAAUUUCAGCAGCUGUCAGGCUGCCCAGGUGGAGGGCCGCAUGGAAUUCUGGGAAAGGACAGUGCCGACCUUCCUGGAUCAGGACAUCAUAAAUCCAGAUGUAGAAUGUCAGCGCUUCAGGCGACUCCACUACCAAGAGGACGAGAGCCCCCACGAAGUAUGCAGCCAACUCUGGGAACUUUGCCGUCAGUGGCUGAAGCCAGAGAGGUGCACGAAGGAACGGAUCCUGGACCUGGUGAUCCUGGAGCAGUUCCUGGCCAUCCUACCCUCAGAGAUGCAGAACUGGGUCAGGAACGGUGGUCCUGGGAGUUGCAUCCAGGCUGUUGUCUUGGCAGAAGAUUUUCUGGGGAAACAGCAAAAGAACCUGGGACAGGAGCCGGUGCAAUGGCCUUUUGCAAAGGCAGCCAAGCCUUCCUUUGAGCUGAAGAGGACUCCGUCGGACGGUGAUGGUCUCCUCUUCAGGGGGUUCCUCCAGGAAGCUGAUGGACGUGGCGCCUCGCCAGGUGAUGGAACAGCAGUGGAGAGAUGCUCCAAAUCUUCUUCUUCUAGUGUUGGAGUGGAAACAGCCACCGUGCUGCCAGCCCAGGUAGGAAAAAGAUCUUUGGGGAAAUGUUUCAGGUAUGGUUUUGGGCCCUUUUUCAUUUCCGCCGGAGCUGUCUCUCUGUCAUUUUCUCUCUGUCAGGGCCUGGUGACUUUCGAGGAGGUGGCUGUGCGUUUCACCGAAGGGGAGUGGGCCCUGCUGGAUCUGGGCCAGAGAGCUCUGUACAGGCGGGUCAUGCUGGAGAAUUAUGGGAUGGUGGCCUCUUUGGAAACCCUGAUGAUCCCCAAACCUGACCUCAUCUACCGGUUGGAGGAGGAGGAGGAGGAGAAGCUAAGUGACUGGUGCACCAGGGAAGGGGCAAGAUCCACAGGAUGGAAGACGGAGAAUGAGGAUGAGCUUUAUGAGGCUUGUAUAGAGAGAACUGGGAGUCCAGAUGCAAAAGAGAUUUUUGUGACUGAAGACGUUGGACUCCAGAUGCAGGUCGUCAAACAAGCCAUGAAGUGGAAGAAUGAAUUCCUUUACUCUCAGGAUGUCGAAUAUCACAAAAUCUCAUUCCAACAGGACCAGUACAAAGGAAGGAGGAGGAACGAGUGCACAGUGUGCGGGCAAAUCUUCAGUCAUAAAUCAAGCCUUGUGACUCAUCAGAGAAUCCACACGGGUGAGAGACCUUACAAAUGUACAGAGUGCGGGAAGAGCUUCAACCGGAGAACGCGACUCACUUCGCAUCAAAGGCUGCACACAGGGGAGAAACUGUAUAACUGCUCAGACUGCAGCAAGAGCUUUUGUGAAAAAUCAAGUCUUAACGCCCAUCAGAGAAUUCACACAGGAGAGAAACCCUUUAAGUGCUUGAGCUGCGGGAAAAGCUUCAGUCGUAGCUCGAACCUUAUUGCUCACCAAAGAAUUCACACCAGGCAGAAACCCCGUGGCCGCUCAAAAGGUAGCAAGGGAUUUCAAUCUAAGCACGUUUCACAGGAGAGAAUUCGUACAGGAGAAGAUCUGUGUGCUUCUUCAAACUUUAACAGGAACACUUGCGAUGAAUCACGUUUCCUUGAACAUCCAGAAAUCUACACAGGAGAAGAAAUGUAUAAAUGUUUUGACUGUGGGGAGAUCUUCAGUAAGAGCUCAAAUCUUUUUACACAUCAAAAAAUUCACUUAGAAGAGAAACCAUAUAACUUCUGUAGCGAUAAUUUUUGUGACAAAUCUAGCCUUUUGACCCAUCAGGGUAUCCUUUCAGGAGAAAAAAUGUAUAAAUGCUCAGUUUGUGAUAAAAGCUUCACUCGGAACUGGAGCCUCAUUACGCAUCAAAGAUAUCACAGAGGAGAGAAACCUUAUAAAUGUGCGGACUGCAGCGAGAGUUUUUGCGAUAAAUCAAGCCUUAUCAGGCACCAGAGAAUCCACACGGGAGAAAAGCUCUAUAAAUGCUUCAUUUGUGAGAAAAGCUUCAAUCAGAGCACAAACCUUUUUACACACCAGAGAAUUCAUACAGGAGAGAAGCCCUAUAAGUGUCUUGACUGUGGGAAAAGCUUUAAUCAGAGCUCACAUCUUAUCAGACAUCAGAGACUCCACACUGGAGAGAAACCCUAUAAAUGCUCUGAAUGUGGGAAAAGCUUCACCCAAAGCCCUAAUCUCAUCAGGCACUGGAAAAUCCAUACCAGGGAGAAUACUCAGUAACGUCUUCUUCCUUUUAUGGAAGUGUUUCAAUCAGAGCACAAGAGUACGACACACAUCAGAUAAGGUGUUAUGAGAUAGCAAAGAACACACACAAAUG